CCUUGAUGGCCGAAAUUUUUGAACGCAACUACCUUGACAUCAACACCCUAACCAGGCGGCAAAUUACCAACCGGAAAGGGUCGCUCUCAGAUCAUCUCUACACGAUGUCAACCACAGAGGGUCUUCCGGAUCCCAACUACCUCGGAGAUUUCGAACAGAAGCUACUUCUCAUUCGGAAGAUCUACGGAUCAUUGGACGAAAUCACGAUGCCUGAACUUAAGACAGCUCGGUUUUGGAGCGGUCUUUGGGUCCUCGACGUUCACUCUUUAGUGGACAUUGCAGAAAAGUUGGAGGAAGUCAGACCCUGCCGAGCGUUUUACACGUACCUUACCAAGCAUAUUAGUGCAGCAGCUGACUUUCCGAGAUUGAUCAGAACGUUUAUGAAAGGAUACGACCAGGGGAAGGAUUCUGGGGUGGCACAGUUUGAUGAGGAAAUCUCGGGCGAUACAGCAUCCUCUGCGACAAAAAAAUGCCGAGCUUCCUCAUCUGAGCAGUGGGCUGCACCCAAGAAGACGCUCCAGGAGCCGCCCAAGCGAACACGCAACAAAGCAAAAUCCGACGAGGCACUCGAACGGGACAACAAACGGUGUAUUGUCACAAAUAUGGAACUACCUAAAGUCUGCCAUAUUGUUCCCUUUGCUCUGUCGACCUGCAAGCGGGUGUUGUGGUCCUUGCUUCAUGGAAUGAAAGUCUGGUAUGGCGAGGAAGCAAUGAACAAAGUUCAAUUUAUCCUGUGCGAAGAAGACGAUGAUAGUAUCAUUGAUGAGCCGGCCAACAUGCUCUGCCUGAAUGCCAAACUGCACGAGUACUGGGCAGACGGCAAAUUCAUGCUCAAGCCCAAUGGAAAACCGUACGUGGUGGCUGUGGAAGACGACAGCGUUACGGCGGAGCGCCAACCUGCCAAUCAGUCAAAUUCCCGUCACUCUAUGAGAACGCGAAGCGCCGCAAGAAGAACGGUCAACAAGCUUCGAUGGUGUCAGGAAAUGACUUUCCAUUGGCUUCGAUGGACAAACAUCAAGAUGACGGAUCGUGUCAACUACGUCUGGGAUCCUCGCGACGAGUUCCAGCCCCGUGAUCAUGAGACACUUGGGGCAACGAGCCCGGACCCAUGGGAAACUGUGACCGACGGAAAGCUGAUCAAGGUCUAUGCCGAUCGCGAAGCCGACCUCCCGAGCUAUGAUCUCUUGCAACUGCAGGCUAAUCUGGUCACAGGAUUCUCGCUAACAGCAGGUGCCGAUCCGAAACUCUACGACUCUGACGGCGAGGAUUUAUAUGAGUUUUUAUGA